AUGGAAAGUGUUGAGACAGAGUGCGGUUCCUUAAGGAUUUUGGCGAAGGAAGUGACGCAGGCUAUAGCAGCGUGCAAGAUACAGAGCAACAAGCCGGCUCGGGUGGAGAGGAUGAUAAAUUGGACGCCUUCGAAUGAGGGUUGGAUGAAACUGAACACCGAUGGAGCAUCACAAGGUAAUCCUGGCUUAGCUACCGCAGGAGGUGCCUUACGUAAUGCUUAUGGAGAGUGGUGCGGAGAUUUUGCGCUGAAUAUAGGGAGAUGCACAUCGCCCUUAGCAGAGCUUUGGGGAGUGUACUAUGGACUCUAUAUCGCUUGGGAGUAG